AUGCAAGAGAUCGAGGACGGCGAAGACGAUGGCAGCUUCAUGGCGCACGCUAUACUGCACAGUCAUAACAUCGCAAUGAUGGAGAGGAAGAAACAGCUCUAUUGUGCGAGCUGUCGGGACUUCAUCUACCCUGACGCAGCUGUGGGUGACAGACGACGACGCAAGAGGCAGAUUCGGGGAGCUGUGAGUUAUCAUAAACUGCUACAAAGAGGUUUGGUGAAUAUGGGCAAUACGUGCUUCAUGAGCGCAGUGUUACAAGCCUUGGCCCAUAAUCCCAUGCUACAACACUAUUUUUUCGUGGCGAAAAGCCAUGAUACCACGAUCUGCCAGCAGCAAAGACAGCGCCUGCUCUCGAAACGGCAAGAACAACUGAAGACGGAGAAAGAGACAGAAAGCAGCAACGACGAAGAACAACACACCAAACGUGGCCCCGAUCCUGCGAUCACUACUUUGAUGGCGUCACCCAUAGCGCCGCAAGGGAUUCUUGAAGCCAUGUGGAACGCGUUUCCCUCGUUUAUUGGCACAGCGCAACACGACGCACACGAGUUGCUGAUCGCGCUUCUAGGCGGCCUCCACUCUCACACUCACCCUCGAGUAUUCCUUCAUGGAGGUGCGUCUCCGAGAUAUACUCCACGAGGACAUAGUUUAUGCGAUUGCGCAGUGCACCAACACUUCUCCGGUGUACUCCGGUCUGAAUUGGCUUGUGGGAACUGCGACAAUGCUUCGCAUAAGUUCGAUCCGUUCUUGGAUUCCCUAGUGCGUCAGUUCGCAGUCGAAGAAGAGCUUCGAGGGUCUAAUCAAGUCUACUGUGUAAGGUGCUCCAAUUACCAGACGCACUACAAGAGCCUCAACUUGCAUACGCUACCAAAUGUACUGGUGUUCCACAUCCGCCGUCUCGAUUUCUACCGCCAACAGAAAUUGAAGCAGACGGUCCAGUUCCCCUUAACGGGGCUCAAUAUGAGACCAUUUACAUCAUACGUGUACGAUCUUAUGGCGGUGGUUAACCACCACGGAGAGUCAGUCAAUGGAGGUCACUACACUUCGUAUGUGCGGGAUGAGGUACAGCGGUGGAUACUGUUCGACGACGUGGAACGUACAUAUCUUCUUUACUAUGUCCGACGAAACCCGUUUAUCGCUGCUGUUGGGUGA